GAAAACAGAUUGUUAAAAAAGGGCUUUGCCUUUAAUGUUAUGGCCGUGGGCCGCUCAGGUAUGGGCAAAACCACCUUGGUAAACACCUUGUUUUCUUCCCAGUUGGCCACUACCCUGGGCCGCCACAAUGCUGACGAGCCUGCAGAGAAAACCACGGAGAUCAAGGUGCAUUCCCAUCUUUUGGCGGAGAACAACGUUCGCUUGAACAUCAAUGUUAUCGACACCCCCGGCUUCGGAGACCAGAUCAACAACGAGAAGUGCUGGGAUCUCUUGGUAAAGUACAUCAAGGAGCAACACUCGCAGUACUUGCGCAAGGAGUUGAGUGCACAGAGACCAAAGCAUAUUCCGGACUCGAGAGUGCACUGCAUUUUGUACUUCAUCCCGCCCAGCAGCGGCUCGGGAUUGAAGGCCUUGGACGUGCAGGCAUUGAAGCGUUUGUCGGAGAUUGCCAACGUCGUGCCCAUCAUUGCCAAGAGCGACUCAUUGACUUUGAGCGAGCGUGCCACUUUAAAGAAAGUGCUACAGAAUGACUUCAUCAAGCACAACUUGAACAUCUACCCAUACGACAGCGAGGACUUGUCCAAGGACGAGAGGCAGUUGAAUGAAGACAUCAAGUCUUUGAUUCCUUUUGCUGUUGUUGGCUCGGACCACGAGAGCGAGAUCAACGGCGAGGUGGUUCGUUGCCGCAAGUCCAAGUGGGGCGCCAUCAACAUCGAGGACGUGUCUCAGUGCGAGUUUGUGUUCUUAAGAGAUUUCUUAACCAGAACCCACUUGCAGGACUUGGUUGAAACCACCGCUUUGACCCACUACGAGAGCUUCAGGUCCAAGCAGUUGAUUGCUUUGAAGGAGAACGCCAACAACCCAAACAGGCAGUCUGUUCCUGGCGUCAAGCCCCACGGAUUGCAGCAAAACAACAUGGCUGCUGCUGGUCAGAACCCAGUUCAGGGCCACCCUCAAUCUAUGGUGAAUGCCGUUUCCCAGAGCACCGUCACUGCCGGUUAAACAGCGCAGCGCGGUCUGGUCCGCCUGGAAUCUAU